UUCUCUCCAGCAACACUUGCUCUUUUCUGCGGACACUUCUAGGUGUGUUUAACUGUGAUGGCGCCGCCUGACUUCAUUUUUAAUGCUUCAUAUUCCAUCUUUAUUUAAUUCAUUCUCAUAGGAAUCAUCGAAACAAGCCGCAGAUCCAGUGGUGUUGAUGUGUUACCGUUUUUUAAUCGCUUGGAAGUCUGACGCGCUCUAUACCCAUUGCGAACCGUGAACGCGGACCGAGCACCUGUCACUCACCGGUAAGACCCACCUAUUUGAAGAAUACACGACCAUGUACUAAAAUCGGUUAGGCCUUCAUCGCCGAGAAGCUAGUCCCCGGCAUUCCUUUUAUUUAAUUCCAAUAUCUGUGAGCUUUAGCCUAUAGCAAGUCUGUUUUCAUGCCAGAUCUGCAGCGCUUUAGUUUUCCAUAUCAUAGCAUGAAUCCUUUGUUGGGGGCCAACGCGCAUCCCCAACUGCCAGAGCAUCACAGCCAAGUCCCCCUCCACCCAGACUCCCCCUCGGGACUACUGCCACACGGCCACUUUGGCGCACAGGACCAGCAGACGUCCUUGCCGCUCAGUGACCACCCAGGGUUUGGGCCCGAGUCACCUGAAUCCAGAUUUCCUCUGUCGCCGCAGAGCACGUAUCUACAACAGCACCGACAUAGCCAGCAGCCACCACACACCCUGCACCGCCGCGGCGGGCCGCCGCCCCCUGCAGCCAUGGCUCUCAGGAACGACCUGGGCUCCAACAUCAGUGUCCUCAAGACGCUCAACUUGAGAUUCCGCUGCUUUUUGGCCAAAGUGCACGAACUGGAGAGAAGAAAUAAGGUUCUGGAAAAACAGCUGCAACAGGCCUUGGACGCCAACAAGAGUUGCAUGGACGGAGGCUUUAGUGACAGCAGGUCCCAGCAUACCCAGGAAACAGCGGUGCAGACGGGCUUCGUGGGGACGAUACCCCUUCGGCCAGGUUCUCUGCCCUUCCACAACACCAACAACUCCGCCCGGAGGCCCACGACACUUUUCACACCGCAGGCGCUGACGCCAAACAACACCGAAGAACACCCGCCGUGGAAUCCCGGAACCGAGUCAAACAACACCGCCAACCCGACAAUCACCGUCAGUCAGUGCACCCCGACCGCGCUCUCCCCUGGAAUUGGUGGUGGUGGUGGUUUCUCUGGUUCUAAAACCUACAACAACAGCUGUGGCACCUCAACCAACCCCCCUCCGAGGUUCCUGCCCGGUACUAUCUGGUCCUAUAACCACACUCGCAAGUACGGCUCCGGGGUCGAGCGGGUGACAAGCCCUGGGGUGUCCUGGUCCCACCCGGAUGGAGUCGGGGUCCAGAUUGACACCAUCACCCCAGAAAUCAGGGCCCUGUACAACGUGCUGGCUAAGGUCAAGAGGGAGAGGGACGAGUAUAAACGAAGGUGGGAGGAAGAGUACACCAUGAGAGUGGAUCUGCAGCAGAAGAUUGGAGACCUACAAGAAGAUCUGCAGGAGAGCGAGGGCUGCCAGGACGAGCUGGCAGUGCGGGUGCAGCAGCUGAAGGCUGAGCUGGUCCUCUUCAAAGGCCUCAUGAGCAGCAACCUGUCGGAGCUGGACAGUAAGAUCCAGGAGAAGGCCAUGAAGGUGGACAUGGACAUCUGCCGCAGGAUUGACAUCACGGCCCGGCUGUGUGACCUGGCCCAGCAGAGGAACUGUGAGGACGUGAUCCAGAUGUACCAGGUGCCCAGCGCCCAGCCGUCCCUGACCUCUCGACGGAAGACGCCUCUGUCCUUCAACAGCAGCGAGGGCGAGGAGCCAAUGAGCACCUCGGAGAGUGACCACGCCUCGGCCAAGGAGGAGGAACACUGCAGCUCCUCAGCCAAUCAAAUCAAUGAGGAGAUGCAGAGGAUGCUGAAUCAUCUGAGGGAGUGUGAGUUUGAGGACGACUGCGACAGUCUGGCCUGGGAGGAAACUGAAGAGACUCUCCUCCUUUGGGAGGAUUUCCCAGGGUGCACUCUGCCUCCUGAUCCCAUCCAACAUGCCGGAGAGCAGCAGGAGGAGAGCCUGGAGAAGGUAAUCAACGACACAGAGUGUCUGUUCAAGUCCCGCGAGAAGGAGUACCAGGAGACCAUCGACCAGAUCGAGCUGGAUCUGGCCACAGCGAAGAGCGACAUGAACCGCCACCUGCAUGAGUACAUGGAGAUGUGCUCCAUGAAGAGGGGCCUGGACGUGCAGAUGGAGACCUGCAGGAGGCUGAUCACCCAGAGCGGAGACACUGACGGUCCUGCUCCAGCCUCUGGUGAUGAGGGAGACCCAAAAGGGCCGGAGAAGACUUCAGCCUCUCCCCCGUCUCCCCCGUCUCCCCCGUCUCCGCCAUCGCCCCCAUCCUCUGGGACUGCCAAGUCCUGACUCCGGCUCCCCCUUGGAACCACACCCAGGAUGACCCCCCCCCCCCCCCUCCCCUCCCCUGGUUACCGUAACAACUCCGCCCCUGCAACACACACGGUGACGCCGCGCUAUCGCUACUUCUGGCUAGCUCCUUCCCUUUCUUUGAUUAAGCCUUUUGGUUUUGGCGUUUCUGUUUCAGACACAACGUCGGUUUACAGAGGCGAUUUGUUGCUGCAUCGAUUGUGGAUAUAAUGGUAGACGUGUGAGUUUCUUAGGCCUACUUUCCAGGCCGGUGUCACUGCCCUGAUGGAGGGACAGGAGUCUGGGUGGGUUAUUGCCUCAGUCGCAGUCUCUUGUCUGUCUGCAGAACAGAGCGUUAUGUCGUGGAUUGGAGUAGCGGUCGUGUUGUAUUAUAAAGACGCUGUCUUAUGUAUUUAUUGGAAUACGUUGUGUAACAUCACCUGGAUGCGUAGUUUACUUCGAAGUAGUCAUAUCACAAAGUGUGCAUCACCCAGUGUGUCAUUACAGAAGCUGGUGAAACGGUCAAAUAUUUACUGAACUCACAAACGCAAUCACGGUCACUGUCACCUGUAGGAUCACAGCAACUUCACAGUUCUGAGAAUUGGCUGUUUCUAAGCGGAUCAAUGUGAUCAAUAUUGGUAAUAGAUUUGGAUAUUUAAAAGGGAUGGAAAUUAUGAUUUGGAUAAUAAUGUAAGACUGUGUUAUAGAUAAACUACUAGUAUUCAGAAAUAAAACUAUGGCUGAUAACUGGUUCAAACGUAACGCAGACCUUUCGCUAUAACUAUCCAAAGUUUUUGCUGUACACACCUAUAUACACACACCGAAAGGAGAACCACAACACCACAACAGAGGCAGAGAGGAACUGCUUGUGCAACAGCGACUAUGUUUACCUUCCUCUGAUUCAAUUCCCACGCCCUUUUUCAACAGUCAUCCUUUCACUAGGACCGGUGUUUCCCUGAGUGAACCUUCUUUCAGUGACUGGAUUGUCCAAAACAUCUCCAGGUGUUGGCUCAAAGCCUGCAUGUACCUAGAUUCCGGAGAAGAUUAAAGCAACUGGGGGGUGUGGACUAAGUUGACUAAGUGAGCAUGUUUGUCUAAAGUUAUAAAAACUAAGCUGUUGUGUGUCAGUUUUGCCGAUGAAUGGUGGUAGAAAAUGCUGCCUUGCUGCUCAUUUGAGUCCGAUCACCAGGAAGCCAUGAUCUGCUCUCUGUGGCAACAGACUCAAAAGCUGGGAAAAAAAACACAAGAGAAGGGCAUUGACACUCAUGAGUCGUAUAUUCUGUACAGCUGUAUAAACAUAAAUGUCCUUGUUGUUGAUGUCCUUGUUGUUGUUGGUGUUUCCAAUGUGGAGAGGAAGCUGAAUGUGGAGUGCUUUGGAUUGAGCCGCAGGGUAAAGGGCCUGUCUGACUACCGGCUGUGAGAGUGAUUAGACAGUACAAGCCGGGUUCAUCUGCCCUGUUCUGUGACAAAGUGAUAUGACACAGUCCACUGGGUUAGCUUGUAGACAGAUCUAUCCAGCAUACAUCUGGGUGGACUCGCCCACUUGAGAUGUCAAUAAGUCACAGGGGCAGGGUCGAUUUUGACAUGGCCCGUAAUGUCUAAUUAAACUCACUGCUGGUGGGACAAUAGGGGCCAUUCGAUGUGUUCAAAACAACUGGAGCAGUGUCCCUAGAGAAUGAGAGAGAGGAUUGAGAAGAGGGCUAUGAAAUACAAAAUGUAGUGCCAAAAUAAGUUAACCAGAGCUGUUAAUUGCUGGGGGGAAUUUUACAAACUAUAAAAUGCUGCAUAAAGCUACUUCACCAAUGGUGCUUAACUGUAUAUAACUAAACCUAUUUUUGGGAGCUUGUUAACAUUUGCACUUAUCAAGCAAAAUGUAAAUUAAAACAUAUAAUCAGCACUACUACUCGUAAAAUGUAAAGUAUGUAUUUAUGUAUGAAAAAUAGGUAUCAGAAACGAAUGAAUGGGUAACUGAAAAUGUAGUUCAAUUCACUUAUCUUUUACAUGUUUAUGGGGUGUGGUAUAGGAGUGCAUUAAUACUGAAUCAUCACUGACAUGUGAUAGCUACACACUCACUAUCAUCUGCUAAUAUCUUGUUAUCAAACACGCGUUCCCUUGGAACUUCAACACAGAGUAAUUCAAUAUGGGAAUACUGGUAGAAACAUUUUUAGAUACUUCAUUAAGAUGCUCUCUUUCCAUAAUACUUAUUAACUACAUUCACAAAUGAAUUGCAUACUGAAGUAUACUCAUACUCAUACCGGGUCACAUCUGUGUGUCUCAAUCUGUGAAUUGGGACUUUUCUUCUACUGCUUUCUGCACUCAUUUACCGUGUCAACAAGGACAAACAAUAUGAUUGUUGAUUUGAAGGGUGAAAAAUCUAGAUAUUUGUUGUGUGUCCAUUUCGGCUUGGUUGAAAAGGAAGAAAGUCGUCAGCGAGAGUGUAUGCAGCAUAUUACGGAAGAGUUUUACCGCCAUGUAUUAGAAAAGCUUUUUUUUUAUAAAGUUGAAUUUAUAACACCAUCAUUUUAUUUCAUAUUCCAACUAAAUGAAUAACAGAAAAACAAUGUAGGAAGAAAAUGUCAUGACUGAAACAUAUCAAGAAAAUAUCCAUACUUUUUCAACAUACAUGGUUCUAAUACUCUUUCGUACCAUUUUAAGACAUUUUCUGGUUUAUUUGACUAUUCGGAGGGAGGCAGUCUCUGUAUGCAUGUGCCAGGUUGAAUGUUCCACGAGUGCUUUUUAGAGGACUUAUGCUACACAUACUUUUACUUGUUCACUUCACAAAGCAGUCAAACAAGUGUCUUAUUAGAGAGUUCAAAAUUUCAGAUCAUGUACAUACAGUGAUAAAUAAAUCAUGAAUGUGUAUGUGGGUGCAUUGUAAAGUCCUUUAAAAAUCGCUCAAAAGUGUAAAAAAAAAUGAAAAUGCAAAUGCUUAUGAAUAUUGUUGUAUGCUGGCUAUGAUAUGCAAAGGAAAUUGCUGGAUCUUGGAUCUUAUGUAAAGAUAAAAAAUUGAAAUAUGCCUUCAGUCACACACUUACAACGGCCUGUACCCAGUUUCAGUGGAAAGAUAAGCUGAUUAUGUCGUUUUACCAUCUGAAACUUAGGUUGCAAUGAGUAAGUGAAUAACUUUAUUGAUGUAAACAAAAAUGAUAUUGUCUACAUGCUCUGUACUUUGCCCUAACAGGAGUUUUUGAAAAACGGUAGGCCUUUUGUAAACCUUUACCAAGGAUAAUGUAGUCUUUAUUCUGGCAAGCAAAAUAAAGACUGCAUUACCCAUGAGCUGCAUUAUCCUGUUUAACAACCCUUCCAUUUGCCUUUCUGGCACCACAUUACUUUCAAACAUUUGACAGAUUUGAGAUGUUAUUGAUUGAAGUUGUUGACCAAUCACAUACUGACAUCAGGGUGAUGUAAUGUGUCGUUCCCCAAUCAGCAGACUGAUCCCCUAUGUGUCUGCCUUGGAUCUUGCUGUGGGGUUUCAAGGGGGGUCUGAUUAAAUAUCUCUAGAGUCUCACCUUGCGCUGGUGUCUGAUACUGUAAAUACUUGAGCACCUUUUGUCAAUGUUUUGUUUGGACAAGCGGUACUGGGAGUGUGUGACUGAAGUAUAGUAUACAAACAAAUAUACUAUGAAGCAGGUAUGGCUGAACCUUCAGUUGCAAAGCUAUUUGGUUUGAGGAGAAAUAAAGGAGAAGCUGAGCAAUAA